CUUCUCUGGCCCUCGUCCGACCCACCAAUCCAGACGUCGCAGCAUUCGCGCAUGGCGUGCACCAACGCUCCAUGUCACUGCUGUCUGACUCCAUCUUUGCAGGCGGCAGCACUCGACUGCACGUAAGAGGAGGACCGCAGGCCCAGAAGGCCGUCAGGAAGAGCAAGAGCCAUGGCGGGUUCCUGGGCCCCCUCGCCCACCUAGUCAGGAACCCGGUAGGGAGUCUUGCUGGCAUCUUGGGCGACGCCCAUGUGCCUGAGUCAGACGCGGCCGCCGCAGCAGAAGCCACUCGCCGGCAAGUCCUGUACCUGCGCAUCAAAGACGCCGAGACAUACGACGAAUGGAGAGCCGCUGCCACGGAGCUCGACAUGCUCGAGGGCAACGACGCCUGGAAAGAGCAGGACGAGACGCACGAGUACAACGCGGCCCUGGUCGCUGCCCGCCUGAAGGAGCUCGACGACGCGCGCAUGAGCUGCGACGUCAAGAGAAUGCUGUUUUUAGUGCGAACCUCGCUCACCCGCGGAUUGGGCGACAUGGGCCAUCUGCGCCUGUACAAGCACUCGCACAUUGGCACCAAGCGCCUGAUUGAAAGGUACAUUGACUCGGCGCAACAAACCUUGGCUGCCUUGUUGAGCGUGUCGGAAAAGCAAGGGGACCAGUGCCCUGUUGAGCCGCGUCUGCUCGUCGAUCAGCUCCUGCAGACACGCCAAUCAUUUGGCCGCAGCGCAUUGCUGCUAUCGGGAGGCGGCACUUUCGGAAUGAAUCACAUUGGCGUCAUCAGGGCACUGUGGGAGGCCCGUCUCCUCCCGCGCAUCAUCUCCGGCGCGUCGGCGGGAAGCAUCGUGUCCGCGGUGCUGUGCACCAAGACGGAUGCAGAAGUGCCAGAAAUUAUGCACGAGUUCUGCUACGGCGACCUCAACGUAUUUGGGAACCCAGACCAGCCAGACGGCGUCUUGGGCAAGGCGAUGCGGAUGAUGAAGUCUGGUGUUCUCUUUGACAUUUCGCAUCUGACCAGAGUCAUGCGAGGUUUGCUUGGAGACAUGACUUUUCAGGAAGCAUACAACCGCACCCGGCGCAUUCUGAACAUUCCAGUGUCGACAUCGUCGCUCUACGAACUGCCCCGACUGUUGAAUUAUAUUACAGCGCCAAACGUCAUGAUUUGGUCAGCAGUAUGCACAUCUUGCUCGGUCCCGUUGGUCUACAAGAAAGCCUCUCUCAUGGCAAAAGACCCAAGAACCGGCCUAGAGGUUCCGUGGGACCCCAACCCCGACGCUACCUGGAUCGACGGUUCGGUAGACAAUGACCUACCAAUGACGCGCCUGGCUGAGCUGUUCAACGUGAACCACUUUAUCGUCUCUCAGGUCAAUCCACAUGUCAUCCCCUUCCUGGAAAAGGACGAGGACCUGCUCCCUAGUGAAGCCCAGGAGCAGCUUGCGGCCGGUCCCAGCUGGGUCAGUCUUUCGGCUAAUCUGUGCAAAGGCGAGGUGAUGCAUCGCCUCCAACAGCUGGCAGACACUGGGUUUCUCCCAUAUCUUGCUACCAAAGGCAAAUCAGUUCUCAGUCAGCGGUACUCUGGGGAUAUCAACAUCUUCCCCAAAAUUAACUAUGCCGACUUUCCCAUGGUUCUGAGCAACCCCACAACCGAGUUUAUGAUUGGGUGUAUGCUUACCGGACAACGUGCUACUUGGCCGAAGCUUUCACGCAUACAGAAUCAUGUCGCUAUUGAGCUUGCUUUGGAUGAUACCAUCCAGAAAUUGAAGGGUCGAAUGGUGUUUCCGUCGCCACGAAGCGACAUGCAAAUUAGACGCACUAAUUCUCAAGACACGCAUAUUUCACAGAGGCAGCGAGCAAGAUCCACGCACAAGACGACGCGCUUUCAGCUGAGAACAAGCCCUCCCAGUCCAGUCCUUCGCAAGUCAACACCUACCACUCCAUUCCUUUCUCGGGCGAAUUUGCGAGCAUCGCUGCAGCCCCUUUCUGCCCCUAAGCAACCCAACAUGCUAUAUGAUUCCUAUUUCCAGCCGAUGCCCAAUGAUGGUACUAUUCAACUAGAUCCAUCAUCAUCGGCCAAUGACACUUCUGACCAGGAUUAUUUUGCAGAUCCAGACUCAGACACUACCGAAGACGUCUCAUCACCGUCACCACCUACAUCGCCCAGCGUCCACGGCCCAACCCUUUGGCCUUCAACCCCGCAAGCCUUGAUGCGACCUGCUCCACAGCCUGUUUCCCAGCCCAGACCACCCACGCCUGCCACCAGCCCCCUUCGGCGCCGCACAGGCACAUUAUUCAAUCUGACAAUGACGUCUGCAACUCCACAGUCAACAGGCGAUAACGGGCCGAGUUCUCCAGAGCGCCGUUACAAGCGCCUUUUCCACCCUCCCGGGCCUGCUACCCCGGACGUCAGUGUCGGGCCCCCAGAGCUUGAACCCGAGCCCGUCUGGCCUGCCCCUUCACCUGCUGCCAGUAGAUGCGGCAGCAGACGCAACAGCACCUCUGGCAUGCCGCUUGACCAUUCGGGCACAAGGGCCAUGCUGUUGAGGAAGAAGAGUUGUAUGUAAUUCACCCCUUUUGACCUAGAACUAUCGUUUUAUAUCUUUUCAUUGUAUAUCCCAAUCAUUCUAUUCUUCUUCUACUACUACUCCAUACACUGAUUCCCUAUGUUCUUCUUUCUUCUCUUCAGCAUUUGUAGGCGCCCUUCUUCCUCUCUCCCUCUCU